UUCUGUGGACAGCGAUGCCGCGGGGAUUCGGCUGUAAAGCAGAGCGCGGGAGGCUGACUCUAGCAGCUGUAGCACUACAGGACCAUAUCACACGAAGCGUUCUUGUUCGAAAAAUUCCCCGUAACCUCCCCAUAUCAAACGCUUCAUGUGGGGCAGCACAUGUUAGUAGGAAGCACAGAAAUCACAACCGAAGGCAGAGCAUCAUAUGUCCUGAGCAGACACAAGGACAAGAGGAGAGAGAGUAUGUGCUGGAUCGGGGCCCUCCACCUCUGACUCUUGCCCAAAGGAUGGGUCUGGUGGCAGCUCCUUCAAGAAGACUAACAGCAGAGGAGUGGGCAGAGGUCAAAACCAGGUCCAUCCAGGAGGGAGACUCAACCCAGCCCUGUGUGAUAUGCAGGGAGGACUUUCAUCUCCAACCACAGGUGCUACUCUCCUGUUCUCAUGUAUUUCACAAAGUGUGUCUGAAGUCUUUUGAGAAGUUCUCAGGCAGGAAGAGCUGCCCAAUGUGCAGGACGGAGCAGUAUGAGACCAGGGUGAUUUACGAUGGUGCUCGUCUCUAUCGCGAAAAGUGUGCUGUCAGAAUACAGGCAUUCUGGCGUGGCUACCUUGUUCGCAAAUGGUACCGCAACAUAAAGAAGUAUGUGCCCCCGAAAGACCAACAAUUAAGACGAGUAUUCUUUGAAAAAAAGUUUCAGGAGAUGAACGACAGCUUGGUGCGGUCAUGCAGCACAGACGUGGAAGCCUUCCUGAGCGAUAUCGAUCGCUCUGUGGCCUCGAGCCACGACAUCUUGCGCCGCUUCGACGACAAGUACACCAGUGUUUCUGAAAUGGAGGAUAAGGACUGGCUGGAAGCUCAAGAGAAGGCUGUCCAGCGUGGCGUUCAGGACUGCCCCAUUUGCCUGAAUCCCUUGGGCUCACAAAAUGGCUCAUCUAAGGAAGACAGGAAUGUCCUGUUAUUGUCCUGUUCCCAUCUCUUCCACGAACCCUGUCUGCAAGCCUUUGAGCUUUUCUGCCAUGAGGUGAAGCCCACAUGCCCUCUCUGCCGGUCACACUAUUCUAAAAUGCUUGUUUCAAAUUAGAGCUCAGGAUAUUUAGUAGACUGUCUUGAUGUUCUAUUUCAUGAGACAAAUUAAACAUCUUCCACAUUGUGAUUCUACAUCAUCAAACAGUACAGUAAAAAUGGUCAAAAGUCACUUUAUUGUAAACUGAAAUGAAAUACAAAGUAAACUAAAGACAAUCUGAACAUUUUGCUUCACAAACAUAUGCAAUGAAACUCUACAAACACAAGAGAGAAAACAUUCUGAAAAUACAUUCACACAUGUAAAAGAAGCAACAGGAAAAAAUGGAAAUAGAAUUAAGCUUUCCCUUGGGAUCUGAAGAUUAGAAUUCAUGAACGAACGAGUUUAUUUGAUGUAGACGGGACACUUUCUAGUGAAACGCUGUCAACAGUUCAACAGACUAAUAAACUGAUAUACCACA